AUAUAAACAGAGGAAGUUUGUAAUUUUCGAAUAAAUGCGUACCUCUAAAUUCAAUACAUAAAAUAUAAACAGAAGAGACUUUUAUUUUGAAAUACGAGUCGUACCCGGAAAUGUAUUGAAAGUUUACAUUGCUUUAUUACCCACACGGAUGCUGCAUUUUUAUAAUAGACAUAUGUAAAGUGAAAAGAGUGAAUGGAUCACUUCGAGAAGGACUUGAUUGAUGCGCUUAAAGAUGUUGUCAAAGCUGGUAACUGGCAGUGUGUGGGUGACAAAUCUCAGUUUAAGUCACCAUGCACAAAGCUCUACUCAGAUGAUGGAGAGCAUGUAGUUCUUGUGCAUACAAAGGAUGACCAGUUUUGGGCUAUGGAUUCAUCUUGCCCACAUGAAGGUGGUCCACUUGAGCAAGGUGACAUUGAGGAUCUGGGCAAUGGGAAACUGGCGUUGAUUUGCCCCUGGCAUGACUUUGAUUUCAGCCUUGAAACAGGCUCCUCCUCCACUGGACUACAGAACCAAGUGUAUGAUGUCCAUGUACUGGAUAGUAAAGUGUACAUAAACACUCAGAACACACUGUCGCUCUCUCCUAUACCUGUGACAAAUAUAACCCACCCAGACAGUUUGCCAGUGGAAAAAAAUGUACCAUCUGAAAACAUGCUUUGCAUGUGGGCCACCAAAAUCCUUCGUACUGCUGACCCACAGGAGAAGGUUUCCUUGACCAAGAUGGUGCAAGAGAAGUGGAACAGGGGAGAAAUAACCGAGAUUGGGCAGGCCAGCCCUCCAGCCCAGCCCAGCAGAAAAGAAAAUCUGACUGUUCUGGAGCCGGGGAAAAUAAAACGGGGCAAAGGCGGCACACUGGCAAGUAGGAUCGCCUUAUUACACUCACUCGCUAAUAUAGAGCAAUGGGCAAUAGACCUGUCCUGGGAUGUGAUAGCAAGAUUUUCAACAUUUAGACUGAGUACUGGAGAACCACUGCCCCGCCAUUUCUUUGAUGACUUUGUCAAAGUAGCAGGAGAUGAAGCAAAGCAUUAUCAGUUACUAGAGCAAAGGAUUGUGGAACUUGGCAGUUCAUUUGGUGCUUUACCAGUACACAACGGUUUAUGGCAGUCAGCAACAGAUACUUCUCAUGACCUGUUGGCAAGGCUGGCGGUAGUUCACAUGGUUCAUGAGGCCAGAGGUUUGGAUGUGCAUCCUCAGACGUUGUCCCGCUUUGCCGCUCAAGGAGACUUGAGCUCAGUGAAGGUGUUGGAGGUGAUUUAUGCAGAUGAGAUCACACAUGUUGCUGCAGGGCUGAGAUGGUUCACAUAUAUCUGCUCCCAGGAAGGAAGGGAUUCCCUGAAAACCUUCCAUGAUUUGGUGAAAUUACAUUUCAAGGGCUUUUUAAAGCCUCCAUUCAACACAGAGGGAAGGAAAACAGCAGGAAUGACAGAAGAGUGGUAUGUUCCUCUUGUCAAACCCUCCAACUUACAGAAGACCUCCUGAUGGACAUUUUUACUCAGCAAAACAAUACUCUGACUCUUCCAUAAAGAUGGUAUUCUGCUUGAAUGAAGUGUAAAAACAGAGACUCUGGUGGUACUUUUGUAUCAAAUAGCUUUCAGACUGUUUGAUCCACACAUAAAAGUAGUGUACCUAAGAAGUAAUGGAUGAAGAUCACAAAAUAAAAAUCUGCACAAAUAAACACUAAAAGGAAGAAAUCACAGGAUGUGAUUGUCAGAAAUAUGUAAAGUUGCGUACUGGUUACCAUUAUUUAUUGGUUAAAUGUACUUCUAGUCUUUUUAUGAGAAAAAAUAUUUUAUGGCCUCUUAAUUAAACAUUAAAAAUUGUGUUUUAGCAGUUCCCCAGUCUUGCUGACGGGGGCGCUGUGUAAUUUUGCUUUUUUAUAAAGAGUUUUAACGGUUAUGCUUGACACAAAUGGAUUGGACAGUCUAAUGGUAUGCUUUUUAUAUAAGUUUAAGUAUUUAAGAUUCUUUAAAAAUCCUAAACUUUAGCCAAGACAUUAAAAUGCCUGUUUCCAUUUUUUCAAAUGGAAAAAAUUAAUUGUUGCACAUUUUUAAGUUUAAAUAACUUGAAUUAACAAGUCAUUUCAAUUUCUUUGGCUGGUGAGGAGUUGGUAUAAAUUAAAAAGAAAUCAACUUCUAACUAGUUAAAAAAAGUCAAAUGACUUAUUAAUUCAAGUUGUUUAAACUUAAACAUUUAAGUGCAGCAAGGUAUUUUACAGUGCAGAGAGCCAUCAGCUUUGGUACAUUUACAUAGGUUGAAGUUUCUUGUCAUAUUUUUUAUUAUUGUUUUAGUAAAGAGUUACUCACAACAUUGUUCACUGGACCUUUUCUGUGUUCAGUCAGAUUUUCCCCCAGUUCUUUGGAUGUGAUUUUUCUAUGCCACAAGGUUAUAUUUAAAUAAUUGCAAUGAGUCACAGUUCUGAAAAAAGUACUCUGAAAUAUGAUGCGCCCUAUGAACAAAUGGCUGAUCACUUUGUAUAGAGAUGGAAUGUUUAUUUGUCUAGUUUCUAUAUAGGAUUUUUUUUUAGAUGGUAUAUGAUUUCAAGAGAAACAGUACAAAAAUGAGCAGAGAAUGACGGUCUUCCGUCUGCAUGUGUGUGCGCUGGCCAGACGUGACAGAGUUUUCCGUGCUGUGUGAGCCUGUGUCAUUGGUUUUCACUUCUGCUUUUUGUAUUUUUGUGAUUUUUUUCCGUCAUGGGUGGUGAUGAAGUUUGCAACUGUCCCUACUUGAAAAUAGUUUUAUUAUCUACCCAUUUUGACCCUGUAACAUUCUAUCUGCGCUUUUAUACAGUAUGUACAAUAUACAGAUCCUACAUUAAAAGUUGGUCCUGCAUCACAAAA